CCCUCCCAAAGAAGAGAGGAAAAGAAGAGAGGUUGUGAGAUUCAGCUAUGGCGAAAGAAGGUCCCGCUGUGGGGAUUGAUCUGGGCACGACGUAUUCUUGCGUCGGUGUGUGGCAGCACGAUCGGGUGGAGAUCAUCGCCAAUGAUCAAGGAAACAGGACGACGCCAUCGUAUGUGGCCUUCACCGACACGGAGCGGCUGAUUGGCGAUGCCGCCAAGAACCAGGUCGCGAUGAAUCCCGUCAACACUGUCUUCGAUGCGAAGCGUUUGAUCGGCAGGCGAUUCUCGGACUCUUCGGUCCAAAGCGACAUGAAGUUGUGGCCAUUCAAGGUCACUGCUGGUGCCGCCGAGAAGCCGAUGAUCACGGUCACCUACAAGGGCGAGGAGAAGACCUUCGCGGCCGAGGAGAUCUCUUCCAUGGUCCUGAACAAGAUGAAGGAGAUUGCCGAGGCCUUCUUGGGCGCCACUGUGAAGAACGCGGUCAUCACGGUGCCCGCUUACUUCAACGAUUCGCAGAGGCAGGCCACCAAGGACGCUGGUGUCAUCUCGGGCAUGAACGUCAUGAGGAUCAUCAACGAGCCUACCGCCGCGGCCAUCGCCUACGGUCUGGACAAGAAGGCGACGAGCGCUGGCGAGAAGAACGUCCUCAUCUUCGAUCUGGGUGGCGGAACCUUCGACGUCUCGCUGCUGACGAUCGAGGAGGGCAUCUUCGAGGUGAAGGCGACUGCCGGAGAUACUCACUUGGGUGGUGAGGACUUCGACAACAGGAUGGUGAAUCACUUCGUCCAGGAAUUCAAGCGCAAGUACAAGAAGGAUAUCAGUGGAAAUCCCCGGGCGCUGAGGAGACUGAGGACCGCUUGCGAGCGCGCCAAGAGGACUCUCUCGUCCACCGCGCAGACGACAAUCGAGAUCGACUCGCUCUUCGACGGCAUUGACUUCAACACCACCAUCACCCGCGCCAGGUUCGAGGAGCUCAACAUGGACCUCUUCAGGAAGUGCAUGGAGCCAGUGGAGAAGUGCCUGAGGGACGCGAAGAUGGACAAGAGCAGCAUCCAUGAUGUUGUGCUCGUUGGCGGCUCCACCCGAAUCCCGAAGGUGCAGCAGCUGCUCCAGGACUUUUUCAACGGCAAGGAGCUGUGCAAGAGCAUCAACCCGGACGAGGCGGUGGCGUAUGGGGCCGCGGUCCAGGCCGCCAUCCUGAGCGGGGAAGGCAACGAGAAGGUCCAAGACCUCCUCUUGCUGGACGUGACGCCGCUCUCGCUUGGGCUGGAGACCGCCGGAGGGGUGAUGACGGUGCUCAUCCCCAGGAACACGACCAUCCCGACGAAGAAGGAGCAGGUGUUCUCGACGUACUCGGACAACCAGCCUGGAGUGUUGAUCCAGGUGUACGAGGGCGAGCGGACGAGGACCCGGGACAACAAUCUGCUCGGCAAGUUCGAGCUCUCUGGGAUUCCUCCUGCGCCUCGGGGUGUCCCGCAGAUCACUGUGUGCUUCGACAUCGACGCGAAUGGCAUCCUCAACGUGUCGGCCGAGGACAAGACGACUGGGCAGAAGAACAAGAUCACCAUCACCAAUGACAAGGGUCGGCUGAGCAAGGACGAGAUCGAGAAGAUGGUGUCCGAGGCCGAGAAGUACAAGUCCGAGGAUGAGGAGCACAAGAAGAAGGUGGAGGCGAAGAACUCGUUGGAGAACUACGCCUACAACAUGAGGAACACCAUCCGGGAUGACAAGAUCGCCGGGAAGCUGGAUGCUGACGACAAGAAGAAGAUUGAGGACGCGGUGGAGCAGACCAUUCAGUGGCUGGAUCAGAACCAGCUGGGCGAGGCGGACGAAUUUGAGGACAAGAUGAAGGAGCUGGAGAGCAUCUGCAACCCCAUAAUUGCGAGGAUGUACCAGGGAGCUGGAGGGGCCCCGGGUGAUAUGCCCAUGCCCGGUGCUGGAGCUGGCGGGUAUCCGGGUGCUGGAGGUGGUGGUGCCGGGGCUGGGGCCGGCGCCGGUCCCAAGAUCGAGGAGGUUGAUUAAGCUCGAGAAAAGAAGCUGAGGUUUUGCUUGUGAAAUUUUUUUAUAUUUAGAAAGAACCGCAUUAUCUCCGGUGGUUCCGAGUAUUGCCGAGCCUCUUUUAUACGGGCCAUAGUGUCUUGGCCUGCGUGUCUUUGAGGAACCCUAACUUGAACUCCUUUGGGACGGCCCUUGA